AGCAAACAUGGCAGACGCUUGGGUUGAGAGUGAGAGCUAGCCAGCAAAUUUUCUCUAUAGAUUUUGAAAAAGUCAGCAUUCGCAAUGAUCGAGUGGAAAGCAUUGUUUGAGGGCAGCCGAAUGAUCCCUCCCCAUAGCCAGAGCGCGCGUCUGUCUGAAGAGCUGUCUCAGGGAUUUCAGAUUAGUCUGAAGCAUCUCGACGGAGCUUCUGUUGGACAGCGACUGCUGGAGGGGUUCCAGGGGGUGCAGUAUCAGCUGCGAGUCUCCCUGUUUGAUAUCAGCCACCGACACUUUUUCGGGAGGACAUGGAAGAGCUCGUUGCUGCAGCAGAUGAGGACUGGCCCUGGGCAGCCCAGCAGGGUGCCUUUUAAUGAGGUCCUCUACUUCCAUACCUCUCUCAGACAUCCUAGCGUGGUGGCCGUAGUGGAGGUGGUUGCCGUGACUGCGAAGGCUGAUGGCUCCCAGCGUGCUCUGGGCUGUGGCUUUGGAAUAUUGCGUCUCUUUUCCAGCAAGAGCAGUCCCGAGGAACCGCGCGCUGGCCAAGCGGAUAAAAGAUUGAGUCUUUAUCAUGGAAGCCCCAGAGCCCUGCUGCACCCAACACUGCAUGAGCCCUUAGAGAAGAACAAGCUCAUGACACUGAUUGAGGGGACCCACCUGCAGUACUCCCUGAAGCCGCACCCUGCCCUGGAGUCUGUCAUGCACUUCAUUCCUCCGAAUGUGCUGGUAUCUGGAACAGAGGACAUACCAGGGGUGUUGCCUUCCUCUGAUGAUACAGGCGACUCGCUGAGGAAGGCCCGUGUGCUGAGGAGCCUCACCUGCUACCUGGACAGGCUGUCCCUCACUCUGUAUCCCUCCCUGGAGAAGUUUGAGGAAGAACUUCUGCAGCAGCUAAACGCCGAUCAUCUAAACAGGAAAAACUGGGGUCCGGACGGGAGCGCGGUGGUGAUCCAGGAGCGGAGGCUGCACGUGGGAGUGCACAAUGGCUGGGGCUUCCUGGAGAGGCCACAGGUGGUGGUGGUGGAGCCGGAGGCCGAGGGGAGCCGGGGCCGCAGCGGCAGCUUCAGACAGGGCUCCCUCAGCAGGCUCAGCUCUUCGUCCUCCCCUCACGUCCUGGCUCUGCGCAGCCGAUUGCAGCUGAAGGAGAUGGUGUAUCACCCGGCCGUGGCCAUCGUCUUUCAGCUGGAGUACGUUUUCUCAGCGCCUGUUGCCGGAGAUGGAAAGGUGUCUUCCACAACCUCCUUUUCCAGGACGGCCUUCAUGCAGUGUCUGCGUUGGGCUGUGUGGUGCCCUUUCCAGGAGUCAGGCAGCCACACGGGCACAGAUGUGAACCUAGCUCUGCAGGGCGGUGCUGUGCCCAGUCCGUGUGGAGUCAUGGUUUACACAGCGCCUCCACCUGACCGAAGCUCCACUGAGGUGAAGGGUCUGGAGAAAGGUACUGUGAAGUUUAGGUUCUCAACCCGCUCUGAGGGGCGUUCCCCCAGCCCAGCUGUGUCUCUGAAGAGUAAACAAGAGGAGGCCUCCCGAUAUAAGAAGCCCCCUUCCCCAACGAAAGGUCGAAGUGACACUUUGCUUAAGGCUUCGCCUCCACGCUCACCGCAAGGCCCUGGGCUGUCCAUUUCUCAGCUUGCAGCGUCUCCACGGUACCCCACCAUCAGCCACUCCACAUCGUCUCCCUGGCAACAGCAGUUUCCCUCUCAGCUCUACCCCUCCCCAUUGGCAUCAGCCUACCAGCUGUCACAUGUCGAGCUGCCGGGCGCCAGCAGCAUCGCGCACCUGGAGGUCGACCUGAGCCAGCCGAACGCAGGGGACGCGGGGGUCCCGGCGCGGCGGCCUCCCCCCCAGCCGCCAGCCGAGCAGCUGCGGGAGCUGACGUUCGCCCCUGUGCACGCGCCUGUCAUCGCGCUGGGGACGCAGACGUCGGGCACCACUCCCUUGAUCUCUCGGGGCUCCAUGGCCCGCCUCUUCUCAGCCGGCUUCCCAGAGAUCCUGGACCUCAAUAAUCAGGCGGCCGAAGUCCUGGACCCAGCAGAGCCUGUCAACUUUAACCCCCAGAGAGAGGAGGCGGAUCAUUUGCAGUGCAACGAGCUCGUUCUGCAGUUUCUGGCCUUCUCCAGGAUACCACAGGAAGGCAUGAAUGCAGAUUGGCCAAAUUCCGUCUACUUCACGUUCCAGCUGUACCGCUUUCCACCCCUCACAACACAACGGAUGGUGCUGCUCGCUGCGGACAAGGCGCAGAAGAAGUCCAGGGAUAAGCAUCCGUGUGUCCUAGCUGUUACAAACAAAGAUGGAACCGUCAAUUCUGCGAGUCCUGGCCUACAGCUGAAGUACUUGGUGGACCCUGGCUUCCUGAAGCCCGGGGAGCACCGCUGGUUCCUGCGCUACCUGGCCCUUCACACGCUGCAGAUUGACGUGUGGGACAGCGACUCUCUCCUUCUCAUUGGCUCCGCGGCUGUGGAGCUCAAGCACUUGCUGCGGCAGGGUAGGCCUGCGGUCCAGAUAACACAGGAGCUGGAAGUGGUCACCACCGAGUACCUGCAGGAUGCCAUGGUCGUGAGUGGGGACGUCCCUGGGCGGACGGCUGUAUCGCCCAUCAAUGCCUUCACAACAGUCAAAGGCAGAAUCCAUCUCCGAAUGGGUAACGUCGGGCACCCUGCGGAUCAGAAUGUGAAAAAGUCCAAGAUGCUCCCCCCUGCUCGCUCACAUGUGAUCACGGCUCGCGACGGCACAAGCGGCUUCGGCGGCGGGAGCCUCUCUUCCAAGAGCGUGCAGAGCCUCAACGUGCGGAACGCCUCCCGGGCCCAGCGGCUGGUGGAGAUUGACAGCGAGCUGGCCGCGCUGCUGCACACCCGGAUGAAGGAGGCGGGGGUGGCCCUGGGGCAGGCGCUGCCGGAGACGGAGGAGACCCGCCGGCGCAAGUUGGACAGGAUGGCAGCCGUGCGCCAGUUCGAGGAGCAGGGCUGCAUCACCAGCGUAACCAAACCCAACAUCCUGAGCCGUCGGCAGGAGCGAGUCCAGCACGGACGGGACCUGCGGCUGAUCGAGGCCUACCGCGAGCGCAGCAAGGUGGAGAGCAUCACCAGCAUGCUCAGCAAAGCCAUCACCACCCAGCACACGCUAUACGCCACCCUGGGCGCCGCCGAAUUCUUCGAGUUCGUCCUGAAGAACCCCUACAACGUUCAGCAGACCGUCACUAUCGAGAGCGAGGACCCGGAGCUCAGCGUUAUCGUGAACUCCAGGGAAUGGAGGCAUUUCAAGAACCUGACCCAAACCAUGACACCUCUGGAGGAGGACAUGUUUCACCUCAAAGAGAACACAUUGACCCCCCAGGUGUACCUGCGCCCCAAGGAGACCGUUUACGUCCCUCUGAAAUACCAAACCUUCACCUCAGACCAUGCCGUCGUCACACAGGGACCAGCCAUUGUACAUACUGGAAGGAGUGCUAUAGUGGCCCAGAAGCAUCAGUCGAACACAGUCCAGGCCAAGACAAUUAAAGUUGUGUUCAGGGCGGAUGACGGCAAGCCUAUGGCGAUUUGUCAGGUGAACGUCGAACCCACACCACACGUCAUCGAUCAGACGUUUCGAUUCUACCAUCCGGAGCUCACGUUCCUCAAGAAGGCCAUCCGCCUUCCCCCGUGGGACAAUCUGCCAGUCAGGUCAGGUGACACAGUGUCUCAGAUUCAAGUGCGCUGCAGUGACCCCAACGUCAUCUGUGACACAAAAAAGAUGGCCCCCGGAGAACCCCAGGAUGUGUUUCUGAAAGUAACAGGUGGCCAGAGUCCGCAGAUAAAGAAGUUCUUUAUCACAGUGUUCACGGACGAGUGGCUGGCAGCACCAACCCAGAUCUGGCAGGUGUACGUCCACUUCUUGCAGCGUGUUGACAUCAGCUGUGUGACAGGUCAGGUAACCUGGCAGUCCCUGGUGCUGAGGGGCACCCAGGCUGUGCGGAAGGUCAAGUGCCAUACUUCUCACCCGGAAGAGGUCCAGAUUGACCCUGCCGAGGUGUUUGUUCUCCCCCCAAACGCAGUGCAGGACCUCCAGGUUGGAGUGGGACCGCGGAGAGCCGGCAGCAAGUUUGUGUACCUGAAUGUGGUGGAUGUGGAGUACCAUCAGCUGGUGGCUUCCUGGUUGCUCUGCGUGUCCUGCCGGCAGCCACUUAUAUCUAAAGCAUUCGAAAUCUUUCUCCCUGUGGGAGGUGGAAAGGGCAGCAACAAAAAAAUCACCUACACCAAUCCUUACCCCACCCGCAGGACUUUCCUGCUGCGCUCCGACCACCCCGACCUGCUGCAGUUCAAGGAGGACUCCUUCCAAAUCGGGGGAGGCGAGACGUACACCAUAGGGCUCCGCUUCGCGCCGAGCCAGAGCGCCGGGAUGGUGGAGAUCCUCAUCUACAUCAACAACCACGAGGAUAAGAACGAGGAGACGUUCUGCGUCAAGGUUCAGUACCAGUGAUCUCUGGGGCCGUGGAACUCCCCGGAGGCCUGAAAGCAGAGGGUAAACCCAGGGACACAUUGAUACCACGUGCUGCAGGCCGUGUCGGCAGCACAAGGUGUGUGUUUCACCAGACGAA